UACCACUAUUGAGCAGAUGCACUUGUUUAAUACAAUUAGAGAAAUAUGAAGAAGCAAAGAAAGAUGGUACCAUUUUAUUUUAUAUUAUUUGUUUUGGUAUAAUUUUUUAAUUAACGAAUUUAUUAUUUAUUUAAGCCGAAAAUUUGUUACACUUUCCCAACAUGCCUAUUAGUGAAGAAUUAGCGCCGGGAAAUUCAACUUUACAUUCUGUGGCAUAUGCAAGAUUGGCAAAGUGUUAUAAAGAAUUAGGGCAGAUUGAGGAAGCAGAAAAAUUGUUAAAAAAACGAUUAGAAAUAGAAAAGACAACAAACCCACGAGCUAUUAAAGAGAAGAUCAAUGAAGAUGAUAAAUCAGAAGUUGGAACGAAUGAUGAACAAUCUAUAGAAACAAACAAGGCGGCAGAAAAACUAAGAUUACAAGGAAAUGAGCUAUAUAAAUUAAGAAAAUUCAAAGAAAGUUCGGAUAUAUAUUCAGAGGCAUUAGAACUUGAUCCUAACAAUAUUUUAAUCCAUUCGAAUCAAGCUCUUGUAUUGUCUAAACUAAAUGAGCUAGAUGAUGCUUUAGUUCAUGCAGAAACUUGUAUUAGAUUAAACCCUAAAUGGCCAAAAGGAUAUUAUCGUAAAGGAUGUAUAUUGCUUGAACAAAAGAAAUAUAAUGAAGCAUUUGCCGCCCUUCAAUUAGCAAAACAUUAUGGUGGGGAAGAUGCUGAUCUUUCAAAGAAAAUUGAUCUUUCUCGUAAAAAACUUAAAAAUUCGACAAACUUAAAAUUAAUUAUAAUAUCUGUAGCAGUUAGUAUAAUUUCAGUUCUUUUAUUGUAUUUUGUAGAAUUCGAACAAAUUAAGAGCGUUCUUUAUUGGUUAUUUAAUAAUUAUUUUGGAGAUCUUUGGUAACACAGUUAAAUUCUUGUUUUUUUACUAAUUUCUCUAAUUCUAUGAAGACUUUAAUUGGAAGUCCAACUACAUUAUAGUAACACCUAUAUAGGAAAUAAUAUGAUAUAGGAAUAUUUAAUAUAUUUAGAUAGAUAUAGAUGAAAUUUUAUAAAAAAUAAUUACCCGUUAAUCUUUUCGACAAAGAAUGAACCAAAUGCUUGAUAGCCAUAUGCACCUGCUUUAUCCAUUGGUUCGCCUGUUUCGAUGUACACUUUUAAAU